AUGACUUUCAUUUACGUUAGGUCAUUAUCCCAGCCAGAAAUUCAUAAUUUGUAUUAUUUUAAGGAAAAACUUGAUCUUUACAUGGCAAUGGAUGUCACAAAGUUGCCUUUAUUUCCUAAAGAAGAUCCAACGAGUGAUCGGGUAGUCAACCAGUUACUCUAUGAACCGCCAAACUAUGAAAUUUAUUCGAAAAAUCCUUCAAAACAAUAUAAGCAAAUAAGUUUUUAUCGAGAAAGAGAACGAUAUUGGCCAGAUUUAUUCAAUUAUGGAACAGAUAAUUUUCUUAAAUGCAAAGUUUUCACUUGUAACAUAUCAAAACUAACUUCAACUGCUGAUUUGGUAAUUUUUACGUACGAUGAACCAACCGCUAAAUCUCGAAAUGAUCAACUUCACAUGUUUUUCACGAUGGAAAGUCCCUUGCAUGCUGUUCGUUUGAAUGGACCAUUCGAUUGGAUAUCAACUUACAGACGUGACAGUGACAUUGUUGCUGAUUACGGAACAUGGCAGUAUUAUGAUCCCAAUGUGCGACAACUUCCACAAACGACAAAUUACGCCGCGGGAAAACGUAAAAAAGUUGCGUGGUUUGUCACAAAUUGUCGUGCGCCAAACAACAGACUCGAAAUCGCGUUGGAAAUGCAAAAAUACAUUCAAGUUGACAUUUAUGGACCGUGUACGGAUUCGAAGUUGUCAUGUUCCCGAAGUCGGGAAAACGAAUGUUUUGAAAUGUUGGAAAAAGAGUACAAGUUCUAUUUGGCUUUUGAAAACUCCAAUUGUAGGGACUAUAUGACAGAAAAAGUCUAUAAAAAUGCCUUGAAGCACAAAGUUUUGCCGAUUGUGAUGGGAGCACGUCCUGAAGAUUAUCGAAAAUAUAUGCCCGAGCAUUCUUUUAUUCACGUGGAUGACUUUGAGACAGUUGAAGAUCUUGCGAAUUAUUUAAAUCUUCUUGAUCGCGACGACAAUCUUUACAACUCGUAUUUCCAAUGGAGAGGAACGGGCGAAAUUAUUGAUAAGAGCUAUUUUUGGUGUCGCGUAUGUGCAAUGUUACAUAACCCAAACAUGAAUCGUGAGAAAUUUGCACUGACAGGUACAAGUCUUAAAGAAUAUUGGCGUGGAGAUGGAAUUUGUACUCAAGAUAAUUGGAAACCGAAAUGAAUAUCAACUUGAGACUCCAAUUACUUGACAGUUUUUGCUAUCCGGUUAUCGAGUCGUAAAAUUACGAGUACUAGAGUACCCGAUUCCGAGUAUUUCUGAUUUCCGAGGAUUUUUUUAUUAAUUUAAACGUGAAUACAAGCCUGUAAAAAUGACUUUGUGAAAAUUUUGUGGAUCAUAAUAAUUUCCCAAAAGCAUAUCAUAGUAUCAAAAAUGUGAAAAA